CUCAAAUCCAUCACCACCAACAACAACAACAGCUGCCACCGCAAAUGCAACAGCUGCCACAACAAAUGCAACAGCUGCCACAAUUACCAUCAUCGCAGCAGCAACAGCAGCAAGAGAAAGAAGCAGUAUCAUCAUCUUUAGCAUCGAGUGAAGUUGCGAUGCUUACGAGCCAUGAUGAUGAUGAUGAGACAGUUUGGACAGGAACCAUAUUUGCCAACGAGAUAACUUCAGUCAAAGUUGAUACAAUGCUGGUGUCUGGAUCGCUAUCAUCGUCGUCUCCAUCAAACUCAUCAUCACUGAACAAGUCAAAGUCAUUACUUAUAGAGGACUUGCCUGAGAUCAUCAACAUGACAGGCAGACUGCAUCCAGAGAACAUUUCCACGUUCAUUGGACAGUUGAAAAAUUCUGGAAAGAUGUUUAAGGAUGUCGUAGUUGUCUACUUUCUGCCUGUCAAUCAACCGGAAGAGAACUUUUACAACUCGUUGUUCAACUACCUCAGCAAUCGAAACAGGUGUGGAGUUGUGACGUUUGCAGGCAAAGGAGGUGUCGGAAGGGUGAAGGACUUCUACAUUCUUCCACUUUCCGCCAACAGCAUGCCUCCUUCAGUUUUUCUACCAUUCGAUGGUCCAGGAUUGCCAGUAAAUAGAGGGAACCUCCUACUCGGUAUUAUCAUUAAACACUCUGUCAAAACUCCGAUUUCAUCGUCAUCCUCUGCAACCAAACUGCAGAAAAAUGCACUGGCUCCGUCAACAGACGCUAAUACGGCUCUUGUAAAGGAAGCUGUUCAAAAUUCAGAAAACAAAGUAAACAAUGAAAUAGGAAAUAACAAUAAUGACGAUGAUGAAGAAGAUGAUGACGAUGAUGAGGAGGAUGAAGAGGAAGACGAUGACGAUGAGGAAGAUGAUGAAGAUGAUCUAGCAGAAGAGCAUCAUGUUAUUUACAAUCCACUGAAUAGCCGAAAAUCUGUAGCUGCGGAAUCGACGACGACAUCAACAGCUACUGUCGCAACAUGUGUAGAACCGGCCAAAACUUCACUGAUGCCAACAUUGACAACAUCUGCACCUGCAGCUUCAAGCGACUUGUUCAAUAGCGAUUUAACUGCAUCAGUGUUGAACGCAUUAUCAGCGGCCUCCAGUGGCAAUGUUACCAGUUUGGAAGAGCAAAAGUUGCUACUACUUGAACUGACAAAAAAGAUAAAUGAACAAAAAGCAGUGCUGCUGAAACAAGAGCAACAGUUAUUGAAAAAAAGCGUGGUUGACUCCUAUGUGACUGGUGAUAAUAGCGAAACUAAUAAAGAUGAGUAUAUUCCACAAAGCAAAGUCUUGUCUACAUCGUCAAAAUUAGCAGCGUCCACAUCGUCAACAACAACAAAUGAUGUUCUGUACACAAUUACCUCACCGGUUACUGAUUUCACUAGUACUGUAAAGUCAGUUUACAUACCUUCAUUUAAUGUGAAUGAAACAUUUUACAAGAAGAACUUGCUUCCCAUCAGCCCUCCCUCCAACUUACCAGCUGAGUCUAGGCUGAGCCAUAUUACUGGAUUGAACAAGGAAAAGGAAGCAUUAACAAGUGUUACUUCUACAUCUGUUGAUAAUUUAAUAAAUUUUGUUACAAAUAAAAAUAUAUCACCUGGUGUUGUCAAGUCAACAGGUGAUACGGUUUCAUCCGUAAGUUCAACGUCUGUUACAAUUGGAAGUUCAGUAACUACAGCAACAGUUCAGUUUGAAUCGCCUUCAACUUUUUCUAGUAUUCAAAGUAAUUUGUUUGCGAAUCUACCGCUUUCAAUUAAUCAACUGUUGACUGCUGAGACGUUUAAAAAUCUUAAAGAUAUUGUUGCAAAUGUUUCUCUAAACAAGAUCAGUUCUGCAUCAACUUGCACGGCGUCAUCUACACCAGCAGCCUCAGUAGCAACAUCAGCUAUUACAACAGUAGAAACAAUAAACAUUAACAAUAACGGCGAUAAUGAUAGAAAUAAUAAUGAAGCAAACAAUCAAGAAAAAUUUUCAACUGACUUUCCCCGUGACAUAGACUACAGAAAUAUUAUUCCCAAGCUGCCUGACUUACCUUCUUCUAUGGUGCCGUUUCCUCCUCCCAUGCAUAUGAAGCCACCGGUUCCUGCAUUCAUGAACGUACCAAGACCUCCUCCACCUCCAUUCCUCAUGAACAGAUUCUCCAUGCCUCAAAGAAUGCCACUAAGAAUGCAACAACAGUUGGGUCUACAACAAACUUUUACACAGGGGCCAGAUUUUGGGCCACAAGUGCAGCCUCAACAGAGCCAACCGUUGGCACAAUUUCAACGUCCGCAGAUGAGCGUCAAUCAACCUCCAAAGAAAGGUGCUUUGUUGGCAACUCCAAUAUUCACCACUGAAUCCGAUAAUACUGCAUCCAUAAAUGAUACAAAUGUUAACUCAAACUGUAAAGAUUACAAUACAAAGAACUCCUCGACUGCAAAAGGUCAAUCAGAAGAAAAAUCUAAAUCUCCGGAAAAGGUCUGGAAACCUUUGCUGCCCAGGCAAAAUAUAUCUAAAGAUUUAAAAAAAAAAUCACGAAGUAGAUCAAAAGAUAGAUCAAGAAAAACGAGUCCAAGCAGAGACAGAGAUAGAAGAGAAAGGCGAAAAACUAGGAGUAGAUCUCGAAAUAGAGAAACAAGAAAUAAAAGAGAAAGCAGUUCAGAAAGAACUGCUGAUAAUAAAAGAAAAAAUAUUAGACCAAAUUCAAGAGACAGAAGUUCAAAAAAAGAUUUGGGACAUGAAAUUGAUGAAAAAGUUGUUAAAAAGGAAUCCGAGACUGAUGACAAAAAAAAGAAACAAAAUGAAAAAGCGGAUGAUGAUGUAGAAUUUGUAAAAGAAGAAAGAACACAGGUCAAUUCUGUCAUAGAAAUUGAUGAAGAAGAAGAAGGAGAACUGAAUGAAAAAGAGAGUGAUUCCAAUAAACUAAUAACAAAGAAGUCAAAUUCCACAACUUCAACUUCCACAACCAACCAAGGAACAAAAACUCAACAGUCUAAUAAAUCAAACGAAAGUGAAUCGUCAACGAACGAUAAACAGUCAACUGAAAUUCCUUCCCUUUUGGAUAUGUUAGAUCCUAACAUAAUUCCGUCAAGAUUUAAAAGCAAACCUGCCAAGUCUGAAACAGGGAAAAAAGGUUUAUUAGGUGACUUUCCCACUGUGCAGCCUCUUAUAAAGCCUCCAGAAGACAAGAAAGAUGAUAAUCUCCUUGAUUCAAUUACAAAAAACUUAGCUAUAUUGAGGAAGGAGUCAGAACAAACAAGCGAUCAGCUAAAUGUUCAAAAUAUUCAGCAAUCAUCGCCAGACUUUGGCUCAUUCGACCAGGUGAAUAACAGAUUUUCAGGACCCGGUGGUCCAUCCACUCAGCAAUUUCAAAUAAAUCCCAAUUUUAGGUUCCAAAGACCUGAUAUGAUGUUUGAAGGAAGACCUCCAUUCCCACCUUUUCAACCGAGAGGAAAUUUCAGACCUGAUUUCAAUAUUCAAAGAUUCGACAGACCUAUGUUUGAUAGAUUCAGACCAGAUCAGCCAUUUUCAAAAAAUGAUUUCCAGCAGCCUGGUGGCGAGGGAGCAAUGGGUAAAAGCAACUCUCUUUUGCCAACCCCUCCUAAGUCACUUGAAGCAGCGAACGAAUCAAGAAAUUUAACCGAAGCAAAGCAGGAUAAGAAUGUAGAUGACAAAAUUAAUGAUGGAGGACUAAACACAAAGCCGAGAGAUGAAUGCCAAGGCAAAACACCUGUAAGUUCUGCGAAUUUAUCGGUACCAUCUAUGACUAUGCCCCUUCCGUUUCUCCCGAGAAUAAACAGCGAUAAUAAUAACAACAACAAUAAUAAUAACAAUAAUAAUAAUAAUAUGCCUUCGCAAAUGAUGAUGAUGAUGAGAAUGCAGUCUUUCCUUCAAAGACCUAUGUUUGCUUCCGGCAACAAUUACAGACUGCCCUCACGCCCACCUUUUAUGCCACAUCAAAACCACUUUCAUUCCCGUUAAAUCAAUUAAAUAGCAUAAUUUUGUUUGUUCUUCUUUGACUGAGGUUCAUAAAAUAUUUAUGUAUAUUUUUUUCUGUAUAUAUGACUGAUAUAUGUCUAGACAGGCUCAAGAAAUAAAAUGAAUGGAAUAGAACAUUUUGAUGGAAAAUGAAAAAAAUAUUUGAAAUGUAUUUUUAUGUAUUUAUAAACUUGUAUUUUUGUUUUACAAUAAAA